AUGGUUUGGAGCAUGGGAUUUUGCUUCCCCCGUUUACUAUGUUGCGACCCUCGGCUCCUCGUCAUUGCAAGGAGCACCACCGCUCACUUUGCUCGCCGCACGUCACAGGAGCAUAAAAUUUACGGCAUUUCCAUGAGGAGUAUUCUCGGCCAUCUCGGCGAUCUCGGCGAAGUGUGCGCAAAAUAUAUGGCUCGAUGCAGCGGUGCAGGUGUUCCAUCCAAAUUUGCAGAAGAGCUUCUUAAUGGAGCCAAAAGUCGACGUUGA